CUGUAACUGUUACAAUUCAGCCACAAUGAAACGGACGCUUGUUAUAUUUUCAAACGACGAUCAUCACUACAUUGCCAAAGUGUACCACCGACUCUUGUUAUCUCACAAUCAGUGAGGGACUUGGUGGUGUAUUAAAUAAUAACAACAACAACAACAACAACAACAACAACAAUAAUAAAACUAAUAAUAAAAAAACAACGAAGAAUCGUGCAAGGUGGUGACCAUCAAUCAAUCAUCGACGUGCGUCGUCUGGUGUGUGUCGUUAAGAACGUGCGUCGCGUGUCCGCAGCCCGAAAUUCGGGCGUAGUGUUGAGGCAGGACAGGGACAGGCUUUAAUUGUUCGUAGAGAGACGUCGCGACGAUUCGUAUAAACAUUGAGAGAACGAAAGGGAAAAAAGAAGGAUUAAAAUUUGUGGAGACCACGGAUUUCGCUCGAAUCAAGGUUUACCGCGAGUAUUUCCUCCGAUCCCUGUCAAGGGGUGGCGGCGAGGAGGAAUUGGAUUAAUGCAUUGCCCUCCGAGGAGCAGGAGGGGCGGGAAUCGUAGCGUUAGCGUUAAAAGCAACGGUAGGAGGAGUAGGAGCAGCAAGAGUAACGUAACGGUCGAGGAGGGUAGGCCGGUGUGUGUAACGAUAGCGAGCGGGUUGAUUGUGUGAUGUUAUUGGAGAUGGAACAGCAUUCUGGCCUAAUGUCGUUGAACAUGUCGCCGUUCCAUCUCAGCCCCCAAGGCAGUCCCUCGCAGGGUGCCGCGGGGGGUCAACAAGCGUUGGCUGCCGGCGGUCAUUACAGCUCGCCGAUAUCGUACUGCGCCCAAAGUCCCCCGACGACGGGGGGCGGCGGCGGCGGAGGUGCUGGUGGUGGUGGUGGUGGUGGUGGUGGUGUUUGCCAUCAGCAAACCAGCAACGCCGCCAACAACAACAACAACAACAACAGUAACAGUAGUAACAACAAUAAUCAGCAACAGCAGCAACAGCAACAAAUGCAAAACCAGCAACAGCAUCAGUCCCAAUCUCAGUCCCAAGCUCUCGGUCUUUCGGGUAUCGAUGCCGCUUUCUUUGACGCCACUUGUCCCGAAGAGAGGUGCCCAAUGUGCGGCGAUAAAAUGUCCGGAUAUCAGUACGGGCUUCUCACAUGCGAAUCCUGCAAGGGAUUCUUUAAACGCAACGGCUCGCCGAGCGUUAGCAAGAAAGUGUACACGUGUUUGUUCUCGCCUACAGGGGGUGGAGGAGGUGGAGGAGGAGGCGGCGGCGGUGGUUCGUCUUCCGGAAUCGACGGCGGUACCUACGCCGGGGGCGGAGGGGGCGGUGGUAACACCCCCGGUAAUAAUACCGGAAGUGCCACCUCCGCCGGCGGCGGCGGCGGGGGAAUGGGACACGGAGGCGGCGGUUGCGUCGGUCAAGUCGGGGGCGCCGGUGGUGGUGUCGGUGUCGGCGUUGUUACCGGCUCGAUACCAGGAUCGUCGGACUUUACCGACGCGAAGGACAUUAUCGAGGAACUUUGCCCUGUUUGCGGCGACAAGGUAUCCGGUUAUCAUUACGGACUACUCACGUGCGAAUCUUGCAAGGGUUUCUUCAAACGUACCGUGCAGAAUAAAAAGGUCUACACCUGCGUCGCGGAGAGGUCCUGUCACAUCGACAAAACACAGAGGAAGAGAUGCCCCUUCUGCCGGUUCCAGAAGUGUCUCGAGGUCGGGAUGAAGCUUGAAGCCGUACGAGCCGACAGGAUGAGGGGCGGUAGGAACAAGUUCGGACCGAUGUACAAAAGGGAUAGAGCGAGGAAACUUCAGCUAAUGAGACAGCGCCAAUUGGCCCUUCAGACGAUACGAAGUGGCCUCGGUAGCGAGGUCGGUUAUCCGUCUGCCGUAACGCCGUUCCUCCACAUAAAGCAGGAGAUUCAAAUACCUCAGGUCUCGAGUCUGACCUCGUCUCCGGACUCGAGUCCAUCCCCGGCAGCGGUUGCCGCGGGACUCGCGACGACGCAGUCGGGACCAGGAGGAGCCGGUCAGCACCAGCUUAUAGCACCGUCUUCCCAGCCGACGAUGUCGGCCGGCAAUCAUCUCCACAACGCCAAUCCGAACCUCGAGAGUAAAUUAUGGCCGGCAAACUCUACGACGCCGAGUCCGAAGGCCUUCAACUUUGGCGAACAGUCCCAGCAGUCUCAUCAACCGGCCAACACACCGUCCACAGCUACCCUUAAAACUAGUCCGAUGAUCAGAGACUUCGUUCAGACCGUUGACGAUCGGGAGUGGCAAUCAUCGCUGUUUAACCUAUUGCAAAACCAAACGUACAAUCAGUGUGAAGUGGACUUGUUUGAACUUAUGUGCAAAGUGCUCGACCAGAAUCUCUUCUCGCAGGUCGACUGGGCGAGAAACUCGGUUUUCUUCAAGGAUCUGAAGGUUGAUGACCAAAUGAAACUUUUACAACACUCUUGGUCGGAUAUGUUGGUGCUUGACCAUCUCCAUCAAAGGUUACACAACAACUUACCAGAUGAAACAACUCUUCACAACGGCCAGAAGUUCGAUCUUUUAUGUCUUGGACUUCUGGGUGUUCCUUCAUUGGGAGAUCUCUUCAAUGAGUUGUCCAAUAAACUUCAAGAGCUCAAAUUCGACCUAUCCGACUACAUUUGUAUGAAAUUUCUCAUGCUGCUCAAUCAUGAUGUACGGGGAUUGGUGAACAAGAAACAUGUGCAAGAGGGACAUGAGCAAGUGCAACGUGCUUUACUCGAUUACACAUUGACUUGUUAUCCGUCGUUACCAGACAAGUUUCACAAGCUGCUGACAGUAUUACCAGAUAUCCACGCGGUGGCGAGUAGGGGUGAAGAGCACCUUUAUCACAAACACUGUAACGGAGGAGCCCCGACACAGACCCUUCUCAUGGAGAUGCUUCAUGCGAAGAGAAAAUGAAAUGAUCAAUUAUAUGGACAGCUGUGCUGUCCACAGAGUAUAUUGUACUAUAUUAGAAGUCCUGGUACCGCCCCUUGCCAACGGACGAAAUGGACCUCACGUAUCUAUCACAAAGUAACGCGAUUUAUUUAGGUAUUGUACCAAAUUACGGGGCCCUGGUUCAUGUAUUACCUAUGUAAAGAUGAAAAUGAAGAAAGAAAAAAACAAAUCAAGUAUAGACGUACAUACUUUACAUAAAUACAUAGUAUAUAUGUAUUAUAAAAGAAAAAAAUGUAUCUAAAUAUAUAUAAACAUAAUGAUAUAUAUUUUCUAUAUUUGAUGUUGAAGUUUUAGAGAUGUAUCCGUGAAGAAUUACCCUAACUCGGGGGGUAUUAUGCGCAGGGAAUAGUAAGCAAGAUGCCUUGAAAACAGUACAAAGGGUGGUUAACAAAAUAUUGGUCAAAGGGCAGGCAACUUUUGUCUGAAUAAGUAAAGCUAUUUUUCUAAUAUUAGAAACAAUAUUAUUUUUAAGUAACAAUACCACUGAAGCCUUGCUCUCAACUGAUAAUAUCCUAUUGUUGGAAAAAGAAAGAAGUAAUGAAAGAAAAGAGAGAUAUAUGUAUAUAUAUGUACACAUUAUGUACAUAUACGUGUGCGGAUGUGUACGCCUGCAUGUCAUAUGUAUAUGUAUACGCAUAUAUACCAAUCUCUCCAGUUAUUCGUAUCUCUAUACGGGAUUCAACGGGCAUACUUGAAUAACACAGUGAAUUUGCAUGUGACAUGUUUGUUGCACGUAUGCAAAGGCCACCAGCCGGGCAUCCUUAGAACUUCCUUUAAUUCUGCAUUUUUCGUCACACUUGCAAACAGCAGGGAUUAUCUUCUUGUUCUUGUAAAUAUUAGUUAACACAUUCCAAUUACAUUGUAUAGUAUAAAAUCAUGUUAAAUAUGUAAUUACAAUAAUUUGUGUAUAGUUUAAUGAAAUAAAUUUAUUUCUGUUGCUUACUGAAAAAAUCCUUAGCUACUUAAUGUCUUCAUUAAUUUUAAUACUUUAUUCUUGAAUGUAUUUUUUGUCUUAUCAUUUUAUGUGAUUUUUUGAAUUGUUUUCUGUUUCCCUUUUUUUUUUGUUCUCAAAUAGGUGGCGGAAAAAAAUAACCACGAAUUGCGAUAUUUUAUUACUACUUGUAUAUUGUACCAUAAUAAAGAUUAUAUUAAGAAAACAACAGAAUCACUGGAGCAAGGUUUAUGUGGUCCUAAAUUGUGUUGUAAUUAAUAAUACAUACAUAAUAAUCAGAAUAUUACUGUCUUAAUCAAGUUGUUAAAUAUAAUGAUAAAUAUUUAGUGAAUGUUAAGAUAGAUUAGUUUUAUGCUCGUAUAGUUAUUUUUCAUCAAUAGAUUAUUAUUAUAUUAUAUAUUGUUUAGCUCUUAGUCAGAAAUUGUUCAGUGCUGUGAAGGUUGUCAUUGGGACACCUGCGGUGGCUUCUAACGAGCCUCCCGUUACAAUUGUCGGACUCGAGAGGCAGAAACGGCCAAACUGACUGAAAUCAUUGCCCACAAUGGUUAGUAAUAUUCAAAUAGGGGUAAAUUUUUCUUUGCUUUUUUUCCUUGUCCCACUCUCGCCUCCUUCUAUAAAUUCGUUCAACUAAUCGUGCCGCUCACCAUAAUUUAUAUUUCUGUACAUCACGCACACACCAUAGUUCUUCUGUUUCUUCUUUUUUUUCUCCUGACUUUUAACGACAUAUAAAGUAAGUUUGCUUGUAUAUCGAAAUAAUCUUUCAAUGCUACGAAGGAGUGCAUAGAGUUUCUAUCCAGAGUUACCAUAUACGGCGAGUAGCGCUAUUUUACGCGAAUAUAUUAUCAAAUGUUUGCUUGUGCCGUUGCCUUGAUGUUGUUACUAGCUAAAUUUUAUGCCUUGUGCGCAAGGAUUUUUGCUGCUGGUUGGUCACUUUCGACUUCGGAUCCUGACAGUCUAUAAUAUUGACAUGUUCUAAAUGUGUCAAAUCUGCUGGUUUGUUAUAAUACAGCUACAUAAAUCUAUACAUAUGUGGUCAAUUAUUUAGGGAUUUCUAAAAGAAUUUCUACUUUGUACAUUUAGUCUCAUGAAAUAUCUUGAUGUUAAAAUAUACACCCUGUGUAUGUUAAAGCCCAUUACACCAUCUAGAGGAGAAAAAGUGGAAGGAAGAAGUAACUAUUAAUCUUCGAUCGAUUUGAAGAAUAGUUCACACUUCCUCUUUCAAAUUUUUUCCUUCGCUCUGUUAUGAAAUGGUUAUGAACUUUAAAUAUACGACUAUUACCUCAAAUGAAUAUAUUUCACUUUUGUACUUUUACAGUUUUAAUAACUCUCGAUACCUGAAGCAUUGCAAUUUGUUCCUAAAUUAAAGAUGUGCCGCCACCAGUAGGUUUGACUAAUUUUCGAAUAUGCGAUACGAAACCAUCCAUAAACAUCACCCCUGAAGAAGAGAGGAGAGCACCCCUCAAUUGAGGUCCUCCGCUAUCUUUGUAUCUAUAAAUACCCAUCCUAUUUAAUUGUCCAAUGAAUUCCAUUACAUCCUGAUUAUCAACAAUUGUACAAUUAUUAUAGAUACGAUAAUUAUAUGGUGUUAUGUACAUUGUGUUAAAUAUUAAAUGUACAGUUACCAAUUACAAUUGGCAAGAAAUUGAUUUGAUAUCAUUAUGAUUAUUUAGUUCAAUUGAUCAUUGGAAUUAAAUUAAAACAAAAACGAAGAAAAACGUGGAAAAAAAAAUAUAAAUUCUUACGCAUUGUUGACACUGCCAUUAGAAACUGGCAAUUGUAAAUUAUGUAGAAAAUUCAUUGAUUGUAAAUAUAUCUUUAUUAUUAACAUACAAUUGUACCUUCUCAGACUCAACAUUAGUAUUAUCGUUGGAUCUGGCGCUUCAGUUCUUAAAAUAAUGUAUAACUCGUCAGUGAGCCAACAAACAUUUAACACUAUCAGGCUUGGGCUGCUGACGUAAACUUCUGAAAGCCAGUCUUUCACACAGCUAUGCUUUACGGAUUGAAUUGGUGAAUUGAGAGUCGGAUUACCCAGAUUACCAUUUACCUGGUAACAAUGAAAAUUG